CAACCGCUCAGUGUGUGUGUGCGAGACCUCACGUGUGGAGUGCAAUAGCCUGGCUCUGGUGACACAGUUUUUCUAAAGAACAAUUUAGUCCAAAUUCUUUAAACUUUUGUCGAGAUAUAUUACAAAUUUCAACGAUUUACAUAAUUAUACUCUUGUGGGGUGCGGCAACUGUUCAAUCAGGUAAAUAAUACAUACCGGCAAGGAGUAACCGGAGCUUCUGAACCAACAUCAUCAACCGAACUUCAAAAACCAUACAUCAUCACAAAUAAAGGAUUUAUCGAUAUUUAAAGAGUUACUAUUUAUCUGUGAAAGAAAAAAGUGGAGACCCAUACAUUUGUGAUAAUUGUGACACACUAACCGCCACCAUUCAAGACACACUCGACAUGUUGAACUGGGCCAAGAAGCAUGUUCGCCAUAAACACAAAGAACCUGACGAGCAACAAGACUCUGAGACAGAACACAGCUCGGAUAAGGAGAGGUCAAGUCCAGAGAAAAAAAAUCCUUCAGAGAAAAGAACUCCCCCCAGCUUUGCUCGACGCCUCGCCUCUUUCCGGAAGCUGACCUCGGACAGAAAGAGCCCAGAUAAGGGAUCGAGAGGAAAGAGCAAAAGCCCAGAGAAAGGGCUGAAGGUUGAGAGUAAGACUCCUGAGACAUCCCGACAUCCUAGCCAAAAUGCGGACAAAAAUGGUCCUUCUGAUACAGAGUCAUGUCCUGUUAGCGAGUCCAACACUCCUGAAAGACAACCAAGUCCGGCUGCUCUUCGCCAAAGCCCAAGGAGACAAUUAGCAGAGGGUAGAGACAGCAACACAUCACCAAAAACGAGCCCCAACCUCUGUUUGAAUUCGAAAACGAAGACAGUUCCAGACCUAGAGCCUAGUGAGGAUAAAAUUCACACGCAAACUACUUCAGAGCCUGUCAUCAAAAGUUCUAAUUUAGAAAAACAGUCGGAUUCCGUGAUUGACGUGAGUGUAGACGGGGAGCAAAACUCUGACACACACACAACUCCGGAGAGAUUCUCAACCCCUGAGAGAUACAGCACCCCAGAUAGGUAUGAGACCCCUGAGAGAGACCAAAGUCCCAAGAGAGAUCCCAAAGCUGAUGUACCCACAACUCCAGGAAAACAAACUAGUUCCAGUGACAUUCGGGAUUUAGUGAUCAGAGAAAGUGAUGAAGUGGAAAACACGGGCAGUAAAGACCCAUCAGACGAUUCUAAUCAUUUUAACUUAGAUAAACCUAGUAACGAAUCAAGCAUGAUGUCUGUAGUGACUGAAAAUAAAAAUAAUACAAAAAACUCGGGUGUUACUGAUGCAUACAGUGAAAAUAAAUAUUUACAGUCAAUAAAUAAUAACAAUAUUAGUAAGGAACUAGCGGAUAGGGUGCAAGACGACAAUGCGAGUGAAGGAGUCACGGAAAAACAGAGUGCGAAGGAGGUGUUGGAGGAGGACGAGAAAGAGGCGCCACACAACAUUGUAGCUGACGGAAGGGAUGCUGUUUUGCAGUCGUGUGAGCUCCAAGUUUCUGAGAGCAAAACUGAUGACAAACAGUUACUAAGUACCACAUCUGAUGAUGGACAAGAUGGAACAGGUCAGAAGUUGAACUCUUGUGAUGUGGGUAGCAGUGCUAUGGAUCAAGACAAACCUCCUUCACUAGCAGUGAGCAACACAGUGCUGGAUAAAAAAGAUCCAUAUCAUUUGAAGGAUACUGAAGAGCCUCUACCUGAUGACAGACAGUUACGAAGCACAACCUCUGAUGAUGUACAAGAAGGAACAAGUCAGAAGUUGCUUGCUAACUCUUAUAGUGAGGGUAGUAGUGAUGUACAUCAAGACAGACCUCCUUCACCAGGAGUGAGUAACACAGUGCUGGAUAAAAAAGAUCCAAAUUAUUUGAAGGAUACUGAAGAGCCCCCACCAACUCCGAUGAGUGAAUCUGGCAUAGAUAUAAAGGAAAUUUCAGUUCUAGAAAUUAAUCCACCAAGGAACAGUGAAGAAUCAUCUCUUUCUGAAAAUGAUACCCCAAAGAACAAGGAGGACUUGGGGGCUCAAAUUAAAGAUUCCUUACAAGUAUCAGAGGCUCCUCCAGAGAGCACUCCCCCAUACAAUAUUGUGGAACUAGUACCUGACAAUAAAGAAAGUGCAGAGAAUAACUUUGUUAAAGACAAUGAGCCUCUUAAAAUGAAUAACAUUAACACUGAUUAUAAACAAGUAUCUCUUCCAACAAAUGGUGAAGAAUACCCACCAUCUUCACAAAGUGGUCCAGGGAAGGACAGUGAGGAACAUCCUGCACCUCCAUUUAGUGCACCCCCAGAGGAUGGUGUUAUACCACCACCACUUCCAUCUGAUGAACCACCAGAUGAUAGUGAUGUGCCACCACCACUACCAGAAAGUGAGCCCCCAGAGGACGAGGAUGAGCCGCCACCACUACCAGUGAAGGAAGUGUCAAGUGUCAAUGAAAAACCUCCCCUUCCUCCCAAGAGUGAUUUGCUUAAAUAUAAUAUUAAAAAAAAUACUGCAGAGCAACCAUUACCCAUAUCACCAUUUUCCAUUUUUGAUAGGGAGAGUAAAGAUGUUAAGUUGAAAGAUUCAGAAGGAGAUGGCAUUGUUGCACAACAUCACACAGAAGGAAAGCAUUUACCCAUUGUUUCAGGUGAUUCAUCUGGCAGUUGUGAAAAAUCUGAUGUACUUCAUGGGUCUGCGCCCCAUUUACUAGAUGCCUCACACAGUGAACCAAAUGGAAGGUUUCAGGGAUCAUCACCCUCCUUCCUCAAUACAUCUUUUGAUAGUGGUGGUGCCACAGUCUUGGUGCCACCAUCUCCAGCACGCCGUCUUUCACGUGGAGAUGACAAAGUCACUAAGUCUAGUGUUUCGCAGUCGAGUUUGAUGAACACUUCAUAUGAGAGUGGUGUUAAAGGGGCUGAACACAAAUCAUUACUAUCCACCCCUGGUGCUACUUCAGCUGUAGCAGUUGGUGGAUCAUUACCAACCUCUCCUUCUACCCCUCGUCGAACACGCCGACCUCAUCCAGUGCCUGCUGCUCGCUCACUUCAGACUCUCAGCACUGCCACUCCAUCAAAAAUGACUGUUCCCAUCUCGGACAAGGAGGAGGGCAUGAAAAGAGAUAUAGGUGAUCUGCCUAAACAGCCUCCUGAACCUCAAGUUGAAGCCCCCAAACGAGAGAAACAUACAGAAAAACCUCCUAUACCUCCAGUACCAAAGCCAAGAAAAAUUGUGUCUUUAAAUCCCUUUGAGAGUGAUGAGGAUGAGGAAACUGAAUGCCAGCAAGCAUUGCCACCAAAACAAAUUCCAAUACCAAAGCCUAGAAAAAUAGUUUCACUGAAUCCCUUUGAUAGUGAUGAUGAUAAUGAAUCAGAGACACAAAAAGACAAAGACACAAAGGCACAAGUCCGGCAGUUCCCAGGUCCUACUCACACCGCCACGGUAACAGUGCCAGUUAUUGGUAAGAAUCCUUUUGAUGAUGAUGAAAAUGAAAAUUCUUUUAGUGAGACAAGUAACAUCACUCGAGAACAGGAGUUUAGACCAAUACGAGCCUCUUCUCCGUCAGUUACUCCUAUGACUUCAAGUUAUCCAUAUCUCUCACCACAGCAUCUGAAUGAUUCCUUAGCCUCAAUUAACUCCCAGUCAUUUAAAGGUGCAAAUGAAAGCACAUCAACAAACCCAUUCGGUGAAGAUGAUAAUGAUGAUGAUGACGAUGAUAGCAUACACAAUGGACUGACUCGAGAAGCAAGGUCAAGAAAAUCCUUCUCUGUGAUGAGUUCAUCCCCCUUACAACGAGAUGGAGUGAGAUCAUCCUUACCUCAUACAGCUAGAAUCAUGACAGGAAGAAAGAAGAGGCAAGCACCACUUCCUCCAAGCCCUAGGCCACCCGCAUCGAGUACUUCAUCAAACGAUCGAUUUGGACAUGAUACUUCUAGUUUGUCAAGAGGUGGAUCACCUUUAUCAUUCAAUCAGGGAGCCCAGAGAAAAGAUUCUACGGCAUCCACAAGCAGUCUUACAACAUCACCGAGAAAGACUGCACCUCCCCGUCCUCCUCCUCCAAAAGUGAAAAAUGAUUCUCCAACUAAAAAAUAGAUAUAUAAAUAGUGUACAGUACUUCAGUGUGUAUAUAACAAUGAUAUGUUGUAAGUGUGUAAAAUGCACUUAUUAAGGAUACAAUAUUUAGCUAUGGUAUGUACAGUUGGGGGUCAAAAGUUCACUCUCUCCCUAAAUGAAGCAGGGUCGACCCCAAAUGAGAUACACACAACAGUUAGGGUAAGUCAGUUCGUAGACUCAUUCCCGUGACUCAGUUUCACAGCGGGGAGCGAACUUUUGUCUGUGACUGUACAGUACUGUACUCAGAAGAUUCCAAAAAGCAUGAAACAGUAUUUUAGAUUCAGUUGAUACAUAAUACAGUACAGUAUAUACAAAUUCUUGAAGUUAUCCUUUCUGAUGUAAAGUACAGUAUACAGGGGUAUUACAAAAUGGAAAGUAAUAUUCUGGUUGGGUGUAUUAUCCAUAAAGAAAGAGCCCUUGUUUCUAAGGCAAUAAAUAUUAUGAUAUUUUGUGUUGGAAAUAAUGUUUUGUAUAUGCAGUGAACCCUCGAAGAUCCGGACUCAGUAAAUCUGAAUUUCGGAAGAUUCAGACAAAAAAUAUGGGGAUUCUGGGCUAAGAAGCUUCCCAGAAGCCAACCUAAGAAACAUUCCUAAAACACAGCAAAGAACAUUUUAGGCCUGUAGGCGCUGGUUGAUCGGUCGGUCGCGCUGGACACAGGUACUCGAGGAGGUGGGAAACAAACAGAAACAUAAACAGAGUUGUCAAUUUUGUUUGUUGGAUUUUUUCAUUCACUCAAAUAUUAAUACAAUGUUUUUUAUUAUGUUAUCAUAGGUAAAUGCAUGGUUUAUAUAAUUUGUCUAUCACUGUGACUGUUACCCUUUUCAAAUUAGACUACAAGAUACGUAUUUCUCCCAUACUUAUUUCGAUCGUACGCCUGCCAACAGGUGCGAGUAAGGGGAGUGAGCGAGUUGAGUGACCGCUAAUUGAAUGUUGUCUGCUCUUGUAACUCUCCUCCCUCCCUGCCAUAUUUCACUGGAUUUACUGUUUUUAUUAGUCUUUACUGAUAUAAUAGUGCUUAAUGGUGAUUAAUCAUGGCAUUGUAGCCAAGUUAGACUCGUCACUGUAACUGCCAAGCACGUGACCGAUCGCCCAAGCGGCUAACGAGCCGAUCAGUGGUGAAGAGGAUAAUAGUACCGGGUAAAUGUAUAGUAGUUUUUUUCAAAUCGUAUUUUUGGGUAGAUACAGUAUACGUAACUUUCUUCAUUUAUUUUUAUUCAGUUACAUGCACACACCAUCCUAAAUACAUAUUGUGAAAAAAGUAAAAGAAAUAAUUGUCCAAAGAGCAAACACAUAACAGGAGGAGAGCACAGAGUGUAGCAAGUAGGGAGCAUUGCUAGGGUAUCGGCGUCCCAGCUGGUCUUCGUUACUGUGGUGAACCAGAGAGCAUAUGCAAAUGGCGACUGUGUUAUACUUUCAUUUGGCUUUAAUUUACUGAUUUGGCAAUACAGUAUUUUUUGUUGUAACUUAUUUAUUGGUAUUACAUGAUUUUUAUUUAUUCAUCACAUUUACUGGUACUGUGUAUAUUAUUUUAAGAAAACCAUAUCUACUGGAGGAAAUUACACACAAAAGUUUUUUCCUAAAUACACUCUGCUAAAAUGCCAAAAAUUGCUGUAUGCAUUUUUGGGGUGUUUUUAAAUAAUUAUUUAUCGUUUUUAUACAUUUUUUUACAUUCGUCGUAAGAUUUGGACAAUUGGCUUUUUCGGACAGGUGGUCCCCCCCUCCCUUAGUCUUGAUUUUCGAGGGUUCGCUGUACCAGUAUUAAUUAAUUUUGAUAUACCAAAGUGGAAUAUAAUAUUGUUGAUAUGUGUUUUUUCUCUACUUUCUAAGCAGGUGACAGAUGCGGAGUCAAUUAAAAAAAUAGUUACAUGUACAGUACUGAGUAUCUCCUCACUUUUAAGUACUAAAGACCCAACAUGAGUACAGUAAUGUACUCAAAAAUGUGCUAAAGAAUGUAACAUGUUGGUUGGUAAACAUUUAGAAGAGGAAGCAGCUGCCACUUGUCUUAUUUACUUUUACAUACAGUAUAUAUAUAUAUAUAUAU